AUGACAUAUUCGCCUACCCAAGCUUCAAGGCCUCUUUCGCCAUUUCCACCUCCAUAUUCUUCGCUUAUCCCACCAUCCUCGCCUCUGCUAAGUGAGUCCGCAAAGAACAACGACGUCAUCAUAAGGAUACCGGUACAAGCAGUCCGGCGCACCCAAUCAGCGGCCGACAUGCAGGACACUCCAGAAGCAAAGCCACUGCCUGCCAAACUCCCUUCGGACGCCACCAAGGAGGGUCGGGGUGAGACACGGAGGUGGAAUAAGAACAUCUUCAAGCUGGCGCAAAUUUCUACUGGAAUCGUCACCAAAGCACAUAAGGAUUCUCGCCGGGCCGACCCAGAGAUUAAUUCGAAUAGUGAGAAAGGAAGUCCGGAGCCGUCACCGACGGUACCAGCCACUAGCGCAGAGGGGCACGAUGAAGUAAUCCGGGCAAAGCCAGAAGUCCCGAGCCAUCCAGCAGAUGACUGUACCAAUCAUACUUCGAAAAAGGUGGUUCCCGAGUCGGAGAACGGAAGCAAGAAUGGUGAUCGUAAGCUCACUGGUGAGGGCGAGGCGACGUUCUUAAAGGCAUGGGGGCUUCAUAUUACGAGGGAUUCCGAUCGAGAACGAGGAUAUGAGAUUCUGAGAGAGCUCAUGGCUGCGGAGUCGCCGCAGGAAGAGGAGCAUUCGAAACGGAUGAAGAGCCAUGGGGGACAGCGAGACCAAUAUGGAAGAGUGCAGUUUACCACACAGUCGAUCUCAUCGGCGGCGACGAGGGAUAGGGAGUCUUUGCACGUAAUUGAGGAGGAGGCGCGCGGCCGCGGAUUUCAUCAGGGUUCGGCUAGGAGAGUCCGAGGGCAGGCUGGAGGAGAUCACAUUCGCCAAGCUGCGUCACGUUGA